CGGCGGCCGGCGGAACAGUGACCGGCCGGCGAGGAGCCGCGGGGGCCUGGCUGGGGAAGCAGCGAUGGCUGCUGCCUAGAGAGGGGCGGUGCCCCCUCCCCACGGAGGGACCCCCUCUCCCAUGCCCGGAGUGGGCAUCAUGGCUGGCAGGAAGCAGGAACUGAAGAGAAGCGUUUCCAUCAUCCCCUGCUUUGUGUGUGUGGAGCUGGUGAUCAUGGCGGGCACGGUGCUGCUGGCGUAUCACUUCGAAUACACCGACACCUUCCCCGUCCACAUCCAGGGCUUCUUCUGCCAUGACAGCGCCUACGCCAAGCCCUACCCGGGGCCCGAGGAUGCCAGCCGCGCCCCGCCCGUCCUGGUCUACUCCCUGGUCACCGCCGUGCCCACGGCCAUGAUCCUGAUCGGGGAACUGGCUACGUUUUUCUGCCGGCCGCGGCGGCGUGAGGAGAAAACCAUCAUCUCUGGGGAGUGCUGCUACUUCAUCCCGCUGCUGAGACGCAUCGUCCGCUUCCUGGGCGUCUAUUCCUUCGGCCUGUUCACCACCACCAUCUUCGCGAACGCCGGACAGGUCGUCACGGGCAACCAGACCCCCCACUUCCUCUCCGUGUGCCGCCCCAACUACACGGCGCUGGGGUGCCAGCUGCCCGGCCCCCAGUACAUCACGGACCGAGGGGCCUGCGCCGGGAACCCCGCCCUGGUCACCGCCGCCCGCAAAGCCUUCCCCUCCAAGGACGCCGCGCUCAGCGCCUACGCCGUGGUGUACACCGCCAUGUACGUGACGCUGGUGCUGGAGGUGCGGGGGUCCCGGCUGGCCAAGCCCACCCUCUGCCUGGCGCUGGCCGGCCCGGCGGCCCUGCUGGGGGUGCUGCGCGUGGCCGAGCACCGGAACCACUGGGCCGACGUGCUGGCCGGGUUCCUGACCGGGGCCGCCAUCGCCGCCUUCCUGGUCACCUGCGUGGUCAAUAACUUCCAGAGCAAGGUGCCCACGGCCCAGAAGCCGGCGCCGGCCGAGAGCCUGGCCAGCGUCCCCGGUGUGGGGCUGCCCUGCGUCGAGAGCCCCCUGGAGAAGUUCAGCGUAGCCCAGCGGGUCAGGGACCCCCCAGAAGAGCAGGAUUUCUCCACGCUGCUCACUCGAGGCCUGGAGAUGCAGCUAGCUCGCUCCCUCCGCACGGGGGGCCACGCUGGGGCGGCUCGGCCCUACGAGAUCCCAGAGCUCGGCUCCCAGCGAUCACCUGACCCCCAGCUGUGUCUCUUCCCCACCACCCCUGACGUGCUCAUCCCCUCCCGCUCCGUCACCAGCGAGGUCUGAGGGAGGCACUGCCUCAGGGGAGGGGAGGGCGGAGGUUGGCCCCCCCCUCACUCAGGACACGCCUCUGCCUAUUGCCCCCCCCCCCCCAACCAGCACCAUCCCUUUAACCAAUUCCUCCCUGGUCUGUUUGGAGUUCAUAAUGACACACUCGUAAGUGUGACACCAGGGGUGGGGGUAAAAUCUCACCCUCCUUUUCUAUAGGGUCCAGCUUUCUCCCUCCCCUCCCCCCCAUGGGCCCCAUCCUGCUGCCAGGGUCAUAAGUGGGAGGUUCAGUCCCUGCCCAUCCUGCAGCUGCUGAAGUGGGGGUGAUGGGAACAGAAUUAGGGGCCCCCACUGAGAGCCCCAAAGGGCCCCCCAGUGGGGUCUGCCUCCCUUCUAUUCCGGCUGGGCAGGUGGGAGGGGGGAUGGGGGUUGUAUG